CAUUAAGUAACGAUGAGUGCGACAAGACAAUUUCUUUUUAUCGCCAUCGUAUUUCUUCUCUUCCCAUCGUCACUGCGGCAAUUUAUCGCGGCUGCUGCUAAUGACAAAAUCAACGACAACGUAAAAAUAUUCGGUGGCGUUGCUGCCGAUAUUUCGUCGGUGCCGUUUCUGCUGUCACUACGCUACCGUGCAACGCACUUUUGUGCCGCCAAUGCCAUAACGCCCUUCUGGAGUGUAACUGCGGCCCAUUGUCUGCACACGUAUCCACCUCCAUCGUCGAUAAGUGUGCGUGUCGGAAGUACAAAUCGUAUCAGUGGCGGAACAAUCUUGCCCAUUGAGCGGUACCAUAUACAUCCAAAAUAUGACAGGAUAUUAAUUCGGUAUGACGUUGCGGUUCUGCGGACGACCACAGCAAUGCCAAUUCCAAGGUUUGCGAUAUUGCCAUCAGUGAAUGCUUCCUACUUGACGGGCACCAAAGUGACUGUCAUGGGAUGGGGAAAUACGGAAAACGGAACUCUUGCCCUCAAUUUGCUCCAGGUACAAAUCCCAAUUGUCUCUGGUUUUAGAUGCAAACUCGCAUGGUGGCAAUAUUAUACGGAGACCUCGUUGUGUGCCGGUCGCGUAAAUAAAGACAGUUGUACCGGAGACUCGGGCGGCGGCCUAUGGCUCAAUAAAACGAUUCUUGUGGGUGUCGUUUCAUUCGGUUCGGAAAAGUGCGGCAGUAGAAAGCCGGGCGUCUACACGAAGAUUUCGCAUCCUGACGUAUUAAAUUUUGUUAAAAACACAACGGGGAUUAAUUAACAAAAAACGAAAUUGCGUGUUAGGCAGAAAUAAAACAUGUACACAAAAAUAAAAGAAUAAUGAGAGAAAGAUUUUAAUAAAAUAAAAGGGUGCUGUUCUUUUGUGAUAGCUCCAACAAAAUCUUCA